GGGGGCGGAGCUGCGGACUGCGCGCUGCGGCGGGGAACCAGAGCCCGGAGGCAAGGAGCACGGCGCCGGCGGGAUGCUGCGGCCGGGGGCGCACGCCCGGGACCUAUCCCGGGCCGCAGGAGUCCACACCGGGACCACCAUCAUGGCAGUGGAGUUUGACGGAGGAGUCGUGGUGGGUUCAGACUCCCGGGUGUCGGCAGGACAGUCGGUGGUGAACCGAGUGUUUGACAAGCUGUCCCCGCUAAACGAGCGCAUCUACUGUGCCCUCUCUGGUUCGGCUGCUGAUGCCCAGGCCGUGGUGGACAUGGCCGCCUACCAGCUGGAGCUGCAUGGGUUGGAACUGGAAGCGCCACCCCUUGUUCUGGCUGCAGCGAACCUGGUGAAGAACAUUACCUACAAAUACCGGGAGGAGUUAUUGGCACAUCUCAUUAUAGCUGGCUGGGACCAACGUGAAGGGGGCCAGGUCUACGGCACGCUGGGAGGGAUGCUGACUCGACAGCCCCUCAUCAUCAGCGGCUCUGGCAGCACCUACAUCUAUGGUUAUGUGGACGCAGCGUACAAAGCAGGCAUGUCCCCCGAGGAGUGCAGGCGCUUCACCACAGACGCUAUCGCUCUGGCCAUCAGCCGGGACGGCGCCAGUGGGGGUGUCGUCUACCUGGUCACUAUCACGGCUGCUGGUGUGGACCAUCGAAUAGUCUUGGGGAAUGAGCUGCCAAAAUUCUAUGAUGAGUGACUCUUCCUCACACUUCCUUCUUGUUGGUAAUAAACUGGCUGGGACAAGAA